AUGGUGCUCAAAGUGAGUGCAAUGUUUGAAGAGCCUGAAGAUCCCACGAAUCGUAGCUUCUUCAGUGAAAUAAUCUCCUCCAUUAGUGAUGUAAAGUUCUCAAACAGCGGUCGCUACAUGAUUUCACGGGACUAUCUCUCGGUUAAAGUAUGGGAUCUACACAUGGAGACCAAGCCUAUAGAAACUUAUCCAGUUCAUGAAUAUCUUCGCUCGAAGCUGUGUUCACUAUAUGAAAAUGAUUGUAUAUUUGAUAAAUUUGAAUGCUGUUGGAGUGGGAAUGAUUCUGCCAUCAUGACAGGCUCUUACAAUAACUUCUUUCGCAUGUUUGAUAGAACAUCCAAACGAGAUGUCACACUAGAGGCCUCAAGGGAAACGGCUAAACCUAGAUAUUUACUAAAACCAAGAAAGGUGUGCACUGCUGGCAAGAGAAAGAAGGAUGAGAUAAGUGUAGACUGCCUUGAUUUUAAUAAGAAGAUUCUGCACACAGCCUGGCAUCCACAUGAAAACAUUAUAGCUGUUGCUGCAACUAACAACCUUUACAUAUUCCAAGACAAAUUUUAGCGAUCCUCCUUCAGUGACUAGAGCUUUGGCCCUCCAGUUGGUGGAUGUUUGGGCAGUUACACUGAGGUGUAGAAGGAAGGGUCCUUGUGUGUGGCCUCUGCACCUUUUGUAUGAACUGUCCACAACUCAACAUCUGCUGCUUGAAGCCACAUCACUCAUGAUGGCCACUUACCUUGGCAUCCCCCAGGUCACAUUAAGGCUCUUGUGUCUUGGGUUGUUUCCAAAUCAGUGGUGGCCUAAAGUGCCAUGAGCCAGUGGCAACUGCCCAGGGCUGUUGUGCCCACUUGUCAGUGCUGCCAUCCCAUAGGACAUGUCCAGCAGCCUUCCCAGCAGCUGAUUAAUGGAUAAUACUAUGUGAUUCCUGGAAAAAAACCAUGUGGGUGCCCUACCCUUGUGAUCAUUUAUCUGUGUUUCACCCUCAGAUCAUCUGUUGAGAAGUGUUGACAUUAGUUGCCUUCUCUCAAGGCUAUUAAAACAUAAUUUAAGAAGAAUAAUGGCUGACUAGGUGAAUCCAGUGAUGAAUGGAUAGGAGUUUGCCAUGUUAUUAUCAAUAGAUUAGUGGCUUUAAAAUUAAAAAAUAUGAAAUGCAGAGCCCAAAUUUUUUCUGAUGCCUGGCUUUCUGAUGAAUUUGAAUGUGUCUUGUUCCCAAAUCGAGCUGUGACAGGUGACGUGAAUAACCAAGGGAAUGGGGUAUGACAAUACACACCUCAGGGAUACAGUUUAGUUUCUGUUUAUGGAAAUAUGGGCAGAAAACUAACCCUUACUAAAAUGAGGAGUACGUGCUGCCAUGCCCUGCUCUCUGUUGCCGAGUAAGUAGCAUGAAUGUUUCAUACCGUAAGACUUGAGUUGAUGUGCUCAUCGCUUUCUACACGAACAUCUCCGGCUGCCAGGAAUGCGGCAUGAUUACCAAUUUUGAGCUCCAGUUGGUACGUUUCAGUAAGAUUAUUUUCGUAAAAUAAUAUUGAUGAAAAUGAGACUUAAUUGAAUGUUCUUGAAGGUUCACAAUGGGUAUUCUUGGCGUAAAUAUCUAGUGUGUGGCACGGCCGCACAAAUAUUCCCUCUCUAUCAUUCAGUUUUCUUUUUUCCAUAUUAACAUUCAGAAAUUUGUUGAGAAGGUGGUUAUUUAAAAAUGUUUAUGGUCUCAAACUGCUGUAUAAUUUUUAAUUAGUUCAAUGUAAUAAAUUAUAUUUCAGUAGGCAA